AUGGCGGAUACAUCCUCCGCAUCCUCCGAAUUCGAGUGCGACUACAGUAGUGGCGAGGAAGCGUACAACUACAACAUAGACGUGCCGUUUUAUAGAGGCGUCGAGCGCAAAAUUUUGCCGGCCGAUGUCCCGCUCGUGCUGCGAUGCGUCAGCACUGUGAAGGACUAUUCGUCUGCUGGCUCCGUCUCGCGGGCCUGGCGCUCGGCGGCGCGGCGGCUGUCGGCCGGCGGCGACAGCGUCUCGCUCGUGCUACCCUAG